AUGAUUUGUGACACCUGCAUCGGUGCAAUUCAUGAUAGAAAGGGAUGGGCUAUUAGCGACCACGCCGAAUUCGAGACGACAAUCUUACUGGCUCAUCACGAGUCUAUUGCCAGUCUCGAAGCAUCUGCUCUGGAAGCCUGCGAGAUAUGCCACCCGUUCUGGUGGCAAAUAGAUGAGAAUGAGAGGUCCACGCUGAGAGAUUUUGAUACACAAUGGGCUAAACGUCAUGAUGCUGGAGCGAAACCGAGGAUAAGUGGCGAGAAGCUCGACGUUGACAAUUUAGAUGGAUUGGUCAUUAUUUGUGCCAUAAUCAACUUCGGUGCGCAGGACGACAUGAAGGCCAUAGGCAUGGACCUUACGGUGUGGUGUCCAUAUCGCUUGAGCCAGACUUCGGUAAAGAAUGUCCGCUGA